AUGGCAUCCUCAUCGCCCGUAGCCCAUCCAUCCUCGUGGACUGACACCGCCCUCCCGCUGGGCCUCGAACUGCGACCGCACGGCUACAUUAUCACCGCCUUCCUCGUGGUCCUCGUCACAUCCGUCGCCUUCAAACUUGCGAAACGGGACAACAGCAUCCCCUUCGUCGAUCCGCCGACAUGGCUCCGCCCCCGGCCGCUGGCAAGAAUGGACUUCCUGAAGACGGGGAUGAGCGUUCUUGACAAGGCGAAGUCCGCGGUUGCGGACAAGCCGUUCAAGGUGUUGUCGGAGAACGGCGAUUUGACGGUGUUGCCUCCGCGGUUUGCUCAUAGUAUCCGGAAUGAGGAUGACUUGAACUUUGGGGCGUUCAUUAAGGCGGACUUUCAUUAUGGGAUUGCGGGUUUCGAGCCCUUUGGCUUCGUUGACCACGACUCUCAGAUCUUGCAGAAUGUGGCGAGGAAGCAGCUUACGAAGUACCUCAAAUGGCGCUCAAUCCCCGCCAAAGACGCAAUCCUCGACCUCGUCGCGCGCCUCUCCUCGCGCGUCUUCCUCGGCGACGAGCUCUGCCGCAACGAGGCCUGGCUGCGCGUCACCAAGGACUACACCGUCAUCUCCUUCAUGGCCGCGAUGAAGCUCACCUUCGUGCCCCGGCCCCUGCGGCCCCUGGUGCACUGGUUCCUCCCGGACUGCCGCCUUGUGCGGCAGCACCUGGCGCAGGCGCGCGCGCUCAUCAGCGGCGUGAUCGAGCAGCGGCGCGCCGCCAAGCGCGAGGCCGCGGCCAAGGGGGAGGAGGCGCCGAGCUACAACGACGCGAUCGAGUGGGCGGAGAUGGAGUGCAAAGGGCAGGCGUAUGACGCGGCUGUGUUCCAGUUGACGCUGAGCUUUGCGGCGAUUCAUACGACCACGGAUCUGUUGGCGCAGACGAUGCUGUUCCUUGCGAACCAGCCAGAGCUGAUCACGCCGCUGCGCGAGGAGGUUGUACAGGUGUUGAAGGCGGAGGGGUGGAGGAAGACGGCGCUGUAUAAUAUGAAGCUGAUGGACAGCGCGCUGAAGGAGACGCAGCGGAUGAAGCCGAACUCAAUGUUCCAAAUGCGCCGCCUCGCAACCAAGGACAUCACCCUCGACGAAGGCAUCACGAUUCGGCGCGGCGAGCGCGUGGUCGUCGACGCGUCCGCAAUGAAAGACCCCAAGAUCCACGGCGAGGAUGUGGACACGUACGACAUCUACCGGUUCCGGCGCAUGCGCGAGGAGCCCGGCAAGAUGCACAAGGCGCAGCUGGUGACGACGAGCCCGGAGCACCUGGCGUUCGGCCACGGGCAGCACGCGUGCCCGGGGCGGUUCUUCGCGUCGAACGAGGUCAAGGUGGCGCUGUGCCAUCUGCUGCUCAAGUACGACUGGAAGCUGGCGCCCGGCAACACCGCGGACCCGUUCGUGGUGGGGGUCGCGAGGCAGAUCAACCCGAAGACUGUGAUUAUGUUUCGCAGGAGGAAGGAGGAGUUGGAUAUUGACUCGUUGGACUUUGCGGUCGAGGGUGAUGAGAGGGAGUAA